AUGGCUUGCAUCUCUCUCAAGGCCGAACCAAUCAUGGAUGCAGAGCCAAAGACGCUGCAGUCUCCUCAUCAGCUGGUCUCUCUGCAACAGCCUUCUCCAGCUCCAUCGAACCCGACAAACAGCGAUAAGCCAGAGGUAGCUGGCAAAACAGAUACAUUCAACCUUCGUGGUGAAACUCCAUCAGAUGAUGAAGGCCAAGACGCAUAUGGCAAGUUGCAUACCAAAGCAGAUGCUCACAAUGCUAUGGAGGUAGAGGGAGAAAGAGCUCUGUUCCUUGGAGAUGAAUCGGUCAAGUUAGCUCUUCACAUCAAUGCAAUCAGCCCUGUGGCAAAAGCGGCAGAGGAAGCAGAUAUUGACCAGAAAGUUUCUGGGAUUCUCCAAGCUGCUAUAUCUGAAGAUUUGAACAUGGUCGAUGAGGAUUUGCCAGAUGACCAUGAGCAUCCCAUCAAUGAGGACGGCUCUUUUGAUAUUGGUGAUGGGGUUGUCUCUGACUACGAAAAUGGUGAGGGGAACGGGAAUGGUUCAGAUCACGAAGACGGUGUUGAGGAUGAAGAAGGAAGCGAUCCGUCUCUUUCCCUAGAUGACGAAGAUGAGGAAGAACAUUGUGCUUCGUCAAAGAAACCCAAAGAAAGCAAACCGCGACGAUCAUUUGCCCGGAACGCGCGCGAGUAUGUUGCUCGUUUGCAUGAAGAAGAAGACAAGAACUAUGCAAAAAAAUUGGAACAAGAAGAAAGCAGCAACUAUCCUCCAGGCAAACGGAAAGCCACGGAGCUUGAUGAUUGGCCUCGCAAGGGACCAAAGACUAGAGAAUUGACUGAAGUGUCAAGGUUUGGCGGUGAUGCUUCAGCCUCAGUCGGCGAUCCUCUACCUACGAUGGAACCUAUCAAGGCAAAGACUCACGCGGAGCAAUUUGCCCGACUGAAAGCGCAGAUCCCGCACAAUUGCGAUACGAGGCGCAAGAAGUCGCAGGCCCAAGAUCUGCGUGAAGCUGCAAAGCUCUUUGGAUACAAAAGAGUCGAGGCUGUGAAUGGCCUCUGGAAGCUGAAAGGAAUGAACACUUGCCUGCAGAACUAUCAACUGACAGCUGUGUCAUGGAUGGUCAAGAGGGAACUGGCUCGCGCGAAGCCAUAUGGCGGGCUUCUGGGGGAUUCCAUGGGAAUGGGAAAGACAGUUAUGAGCCUUGCGUGUAUCGUGGGCAAUCAAGCAGACCCAGAGCACCGGCGAGAGUACUGCAAUGCCACCCUCGUUGUAGUGCGUAACAAAUCAGAUGGGCAGCAGUGGGAACGAGAAGUGCACAAACACUGCAAAGGCCCAGUGGGAGACAAGGUAUUCAUAUAUGAUCCAUCUAACGACCCGCAGAUUAGAAGGUGUAAACAGUCUUACAUCGUGAUCACCACGUACAAGGAGUUACUAUCCCAAUACCCCAGCAAGAGCAUCCUGGAUGAAUUACAGGAACGAUUUGGCAGCGAUGUCAAUUCCUAUGAACGCGAGCUCCAGGCUAAGGCUGGCGUGUUGUUUAAGAUCAAGUGGUAUCGCGUCAUUCUCGACGAAGCGCAUGCUAUCAAGAACGUUGAAAGCCGCACUGCUCAAGCUUGCUGUGCCAUCCUGGGCAAGUAUCGCUGGGCUUUGUCUGGCACGCCGCUGGCAAACACAUCCUAUGAGAUGUACCCCUACUUGAAGUUCACACAAUGUGAAGCCACAUGGAGCCUGAGAGACUUCAAAAGGAUGUAUACGAAACACGGCAGGGUAAAUGGCAAACUCGAAGCGUUAAUCAGCCUCAUCAUGGUUCGGAGGACACUGAAAGACGAGUUCUUGGGGCAUAAGAUCAUUGAUCUUCCCGAACAGAAAGAAACCGAUCUUUUAGUUCCUCUGUCUGCGGAGGAACAGAUCAUUGUCGACGCAGUAAACAAGUUUUACAAAGACAAGAUAGCAGAAUUGCAACAAGGCUUGCUGCAACAAGAUGCCCUCCAAGCGGCAGUUGACGGCCUGGAAGAAGUGGAUGGCCUGCAACAGAAGGGUGCUGGACAAGCAGACUCGAAAGCGGUGGCUGAGACUGAAGAAGAAGCCGACAACAAAGAACAAGAAAAUCAAGCGAAAAGGGCCGCCCAACUUGCGAGGACAAUCGCCUGGAAACUGGGGCGGGCAAGCCAGAUCCGCAAGAGGCAAGCAAUCUCUCAUGCAUUCUCCAUCGAGCUGCUCUUUCGAGGUUCAUUCAAGCCAGAUGAUCUCGAAGAUCUGAGAAUCGCGCUCAGGGAGGUCGCCAUGAAACGGACCAUUCUUGAACAGAUACGCUCGCCAAUAGGGACGCAUAACGAUAUCUCGCGGUACGAAAGAGGGCUUCAACAACUGCAGCAGCAGAAGGAGGCCGUGUUCGCAAGGGAUGAGAGCGCAGUGAGAGACAUUACUUGUCGUCUCUGCAACGACGCAACACCUCCAGUACAGCCAAUGCGUCUACCAAUUUGUAACCAUAUAUUCUGCUUGAGCUGUCUGUGCAAAGCCUAUGGAGACAGUUUCGGAAGCAUUCAGAAGCCGAAAUGCCCAUAUGAAGAUUGCGGACACGAGUUCGGUGCUGCGGAUUCCAUCGUGACGCUACAGUCCGAAAUGGACAAAAGGACCAAGAAGGAUCGUGAGCCCGGUCGAGACAGUAAUGGAGCGGCUGUUCAGCAGGCAGAUGGCCGGAAUAGCUUCUUCAAUUGCGGCGUAAUGCUGGAUGGUGCCUCAGUUGUGCCGAGCACGAAAACAACAGCAGCAAUGGCUGUUGUCCUGACUUGGCUGCACGAGGCCCCUGAAGACAAGAUUCUCAUUUUUACUCAAUUCACUGGAACGGCCAAGAUCCUGGGAUACAUGCUCCAAACACUGGGCGUCGGGUUUGUUCACUACUAUGGCGGUCUUCCCCUGGGCCAAAAGCGAAGAGCUCUGGACUCGAUCAAGACAAAGCCGGAAGUCAAAGUCAUGGUUAGUGUGAAUUCUUUCCCCGACUGUCUUCUGCAGAGCCGCGCAAGGUGUCUAACGAACGUCUUUGCUUCUCAGGUAUCAACCCUCAAGGCCGGUGGGCAAUGUCUCAACCUGACCGUCGCCAAUCGGGUCAUCAUCAUUGACCCCUGGUGGAACCAGACGGCUGAGCAACAGGCUUUUGGGCGAGUCACUCGAAUGGGCCAAGAAAAGGUGACGCACCUGGUGAAGAUUAGGACCGCAGAAGAGAUUGACGACAAAAUUCACACGAUUCAGAAGAAGAAGGCAGAGGAUGUCGACUACGCUCUGCAGGACGAUGGACACACGCCGCCCGCGGUGAGCGAGAUCGAGCUGCAACAGGCGUUUUUCCGGACCAAGGAGGAAGAAGAAGCAAAGAAACAGAAGAGAAAGAGGAAGGCUCCAGCGGCGAAGAAGAAAUAA